UCGGAGGCUUUGCUCCAAAAUGCCCGCGUGCUGCUGCCGGCUCCAGCGGAGGGAAAGAGCCACGACCUGCCUCUCCUGGCUUUCCUGGGCCCUCUGGUGCAGCUUGAUCGUGGCUCCGGCUUGGGGCUAUGUGAUCGUGAAUUCGGUGUCCUGGUCGGUCACCAACGAGGUGGAAGAAGAGCUGGACAGCUCCUCCAACGAGGAGGUGCUCCCCGCGCUGCUUGAAGACACCACCAGCAUCUGGAAGCAAAGCUACCCGGCCUCGGUGUACAAAGAAGAGGAGAUGAGGUCCAGGCCGCCGGGGACGGGGCGAUCGAAGCAAAUCUCUUCUCCUUCCCGGAUGUUUUCUUACCGGAGAGAGAGCGGCAAAGGCUCCGACAGCCUUGACCCUCAGGAGCAAGCAGCCAGGACGGCCCGCUUCCUGGCCCAUUAUAACAGCUGGGGCUUCUUGGCCACCAAAUCCACCCAAGAAAAGAUCCAAGGAACACCAUUUGGGAAUUGCUUAUCUAUCAGUGAUGGCCCCACAGAUAAUAGUACUGGAAUUCCUUUCUUUUAUGUGACUCCAAAGGACAACACAGUAGCUGAUCUGAUGAAAAAUUCCAUAGCUUCAUUGACAUUGCUAGAGGCAGAAGGAGAUUUCUGCAGAAAAACAAUAGUUGAUCCUGAUGAUCCACGGUGUGCCAGAGUUACUCUUACAGGACAGAUGGCUACAGUGCCCCCAGAAGAAAUGGAAUUUGCCAAGCAAGCAUUGUUUUCUAGGCACCCAGUAAUGAGAAAAUGGCCUCGCAAUUAUGAAUGGUUCUUUAUGAAAAUGAACAUUGAACAUGUCUGGCUUCAAAACUGGUAUGGAGGAAUUGCAACCAUUGCACUGGAGGAAUAUUUCAAAGCUCCCAGUAAAACUUGAUUGAACUUUCAAAUAUGGGAAUUCAUUGUUUUCAUAUUUACUUUUGAAAGAAAAGGUUUUAUAUACAAUGUUAUCGGGUAUUUAUUUAACAGUAUUUUGUGCAAAAUGUUUAAAAUGGCUUCAUCUUUCUUAAUUGGAGCAGAAUGACAGUAUGAAUAUUUCAAGUGAAAAUGAAAUCCUAAACUACAAUUGACAAUCUUGUCAUUUAAGGCUGAGAUGGAUCAUACUAAACUCUUUAAGGUGUUUUGAGUAUUUUUGAAUUUUUUUAAAAAAAUAAACAUGUAUCCCACAGGAUAAUGACAAUAUAUGCUAAUUAUAAUUUCUGAAAAUAGAUAAGAAUUGCAACUCAAGAUGAAAUGGAUGGUAUGUAUGGUGAAUGUAUUACUGCACCUAGUUGUUGUUCAUCUGAAACUCUAAAGGGAAGUUUUAUGUACGUAUAGCAUUUUAAUUAACGUUAUAGAUCUCAACUUUCCUUAGGCACAUAUUUGUCUUUUAGUUAUCACACAAAAUGUAAUGGUUUAGUACCCUAACAUUCUUUUCUUUUUUUUUGUGAGAGAACACAAGUCAAGGCAUUUAAAUUUGCUUUAACCACUCAGAUAAUGGCUGCACCAAAUGUUAAACUAUCAGUGCAAGAGUACUGGGAUUGUGUAUUUCCCUGCUUUCCUUCUCCUCCUGCAAUAUGGCCAUGUGUAGACAACUGAGUUUUGUUUCCAUUUUCAACUAACCAUUUUGUUUGCUGUCUCUGAAUCUGGGCAAGCUGUGUUUAGUGAUUGAAACAAGCCAACUUCAAAUCAUGGUUAAUUAUUCUGGUUUGUUUCAAUAAACCAUAGUUAAUAGUCAUCAUAAUACCUAGUUUGGAUAUAAUGAGAAACUGUGGCUAGUUCAAACUAGAAAUAAACAUUUGAUGACUUCUCCCUUGCAGACAUGCUAGAGAAAUGAGAGGAGGUGCAGGGCAGCACAAGAGCUCGAGGUUCAUGCACAUAAUGUUAAACUAUGGUUUAGCAUUAUAUGUAAAUCAUACCCCUUAUUUCCUCUAUUGAUCUUUGAAUGGUCUCCAGAACCAUCCUUUUAAAAUGCUAAUUUUUGUGAACCGCCCAGAGAGCUUCGGCUAUUGGGCGGUAUAAAAAUGUAAUAAAUAAAUAAAUAAAAUAAAUAAGAGAUAACUGAUAUUACUUUGAGACCAAGGAAUAAAGUAAAAGUAAACCAGACAUAAGAAAUGAAUGUAAAUCGAUUCUUCUACCAACCCUUGGAAUAUUAUCUGAAAGCAGGGAUUGUAACACUUGUGCGGGACAGGUCUAGAGCCACAGCAAUAUCAGAUAUAUCUAUUUUUUUUUCCUUAUGCAAGCAUCAGUAUUAGGGUGGAUGAGAUUUUUUAAAAGGUUUACAUCAUAUCAUAUUGUUAGGAAAUCAAUAAAUAAUUUUUCUAAAUUUAAAAGCUGUGAUUUGACACCAUUUCUAAAAGCCAAGAGAAUGCGGGCCAGUCAUAGUUCUUCAGGGAGAAAGCCCUUCCACAGGUGCCUGCUAAACGGGUCUCUGAGGGCAAUGGUGCCUUCAAGAGGGCCUCUCCUGCAGAUCUUAAAAACUGGACAAAUUCAUUACAAGAUAGGAAGGUCUUGAGCCAUUUAGGACUUUAAAUAUUAAAACCAAUAUUUUGAACUGAGCUCGGAAAGCAACUAGCAUCUGGGGCAAGUCUUCAAGACAGGUAUAAAACGGUCCCAAUGCUAUGCACCAGUUAGCAGCAUAGUUGCAGUCAUUUGCACCAAUUCAAUCUUCCAGUUCAAGCUGUUCAUUGUUCAUAGGACACAUAGUGUAGUCUAAACAUGAUAUAACCAAGUCAUGGAUACCUGAUGCCAAGUUAGACUGACUCAAGGUCACAGCUGGCGCACUAAGCAUAAUUGUGCAAACACACUCCUUGCCAUUCCUGCCACCUGAUGAUACAGGGACAGCAUAGGACAAGGAGCACUCCCAAGCUAUGUAACUGAUCCUUCAUAGGGAACACAACUGCUUCCAGAAUAGCUUGGAUCACAAUCCCCGAAUCAGGCUUUCUACUGACUAACAACAUCACUAUCUUGUUUCAGUUUAAUCCAGGGCUGGCCUUCCAUGAAGCCACCUGAUGCAGGCACAUGAGGCAGCCAAAUUUGGAAAGAGUGGUUGGAGUGGUGCCAGCAGUGCCCGCAGACACACUCAACGCUUCUUGGUCCUGUUGGCCACCUGCAAGCAACCAGCAGGACCAAGAAGCAGCUGCUCAUGCAGGCCUCACAGGUGGCUACCACCCACCUGGACUGCUUGUUUGGGAAAGAUGCAAGCGGUGCCCACCACCCCUUAGACCAAGAACAGCCGGCAGGCACACCCCGCUGGCUGCCCAAGCAAACAGCCCGGGCAGCCUGGUUGUGCCUGAGCGAACAGCCACUUCUUGGUCCUGCCACCCACCCACACGCCUCCCACUCACCCGCCUGCCCACCUGGGCAGCCAACGGUGCACUUACCUUUGCCUGGCUGCCUCCCAUUAUGGCCGCUUGCUAGAACAGGAGGCAGCAGGAUGUAGGAGGAGGCAGCUGGCCACUCACUGGCAUCCUGCCUCUCCCAGAAGUCUCAAGUCUCAUGAGACUUCCAGGAUGAUACGUUUGAAGUUUCAUGAGAUGUCAAACACGUUGUCCUGGAAGUUUCGCAAGACUAGACACUUCUGGGAGAGGGGGAUGCCAGCUGGCUGGCUGGCCAGUCAGGGGCAGUGGUGGCAUGCAGGGUAGGUAGGUGGGGUGGGCGGGCGGAGGCAGUGGCGCACGUCAGGGGUGGGCCUGCUUUAACCUGAGCUUGUUUACAUUCAUACUGCCCAUUUUCAAAUGCAAGCAACAUUUAAUUGUUUUUACUGCUUCUUUGGAGUUAGGUAAUAAAGAACAGAGCUAGGUGUCAUUAGCAUACUGGUGGUACAUUACUCCAAAGUUCUAAGUGACCUUUCCCACAGCAGUUUUACUUCGAGCAAAAAUGACGAUUACUAUUCCAUAACUCCGUCUUUUGGUCUAUCUCAGCCCUUGGUGCUCCCUCACCUUCACCGGCUGACUCUGGGCAGAUACACCUGUUGCCAUACUAUUGCCCUUCUUGUUGACUUCAGUGAAAUUAGGAGUGCAGCUUGAAGAAAACAAAUCUUAAUAGAUGCUUCUUUUUUCUUACUAUGCCAUUCGUUUCAUUGUUGUGAACAAGACAGCAUUUAGUUACAGAACCAGUUAUGAUUGUUCCUAUAUCUAGAAAUGUUCUUAAAAUAUACUUUUUGCAGUUUAAUUUUGAGUAUAUCGAAGAGCAGAUCUUUUAGCCUUGUUCUAAAUCCUCUAUUUCUCCCCCACGCCCCAUGAAAUCCUGAAAUGGCACCCUACUGUUGAAAUGUUCACAUCUUACAUUGUACAUUUUUUUUUAUUCACUAAUAAUCAAAUGAGCCAGGUUCUCCUUGUCAUGUGGUACUGAAAUGGAUCAUGGUAUUGUUUUAUUCUUAUUUAUGAAUGAGAAUAACAUAUUAUAAAGUAUAUGCAUUUUAUUCUAUUUCACCUAUUGCACUAAUAAAUGUAAAGGGCAAGUAGGUUUGUGUUAUAAUUCCCUAGCAAUCCCAGGUUACAGAGUAUGUAAUGAUGCAUUUUCUCUUCUACAUCUUUUACAUUUGGUUGGAUCCAGAUUUAGGUGUGUGUAACUGGGACUGGUAAAGUGGAGUUUUCUACCCCUUCUCCCCAUGGCAGCCUACUGGAAAUGCUACGAAGAAGGUCAGGGGACCCUAUUAAAUGGCAUGAGCUAUGAUGUGGGAGGGAAGAUCCUUGAAAAUGGAGUAAAGGCACCUUCCAUCAAAAGAAGGCAGACUCUGGAUCCAACCCAUUGUAUGUCGAAGUCCUUCAUAAUGAUGACCCAUAAAUAAGUGUUCAGUGAGGAACUCUAGCAUCAAAUUCCAGUGUAUCUUCUGAAAAGAUCGGUUGCUCAAAUCACUGAAUUUCAGUAAAAGUCUUGGCACAUCCAGAAGAAAUGAGAAAGACCAUUCACUUGGGAGGACACCAUCAAUCCUUUAAGAUGACAAAAUAAAGUUCAGUUUGUCAUUGGUUAGAAAAACUGUAACCUAGAUUUUCAAUAUAGUGCUAAUAGUACAAUUUUUAAAAGCAAAGGAAGGUUUUCCUUCUCAAAAUGAAAUUUAAUCAAAACAGUUUAGGUAUCUUGACAUUUUGUCAAGUCAAAAAUGGCAUGGAACCUCAGGCAAGCCUAGCUUUUGGCUUUGCAGCUCACCUGAGUCAUGGUUGUUCAGAAAGUGGUGCUGCCAGGACAAAAGCAACGCAUGUGUCACCACAUCAACACACUGCUUCCAAACUGCCAGGCAUCUUUUCAAACAUAAAAUGAAAGGAUUCUCGUGCCACCAAUGUAGCCCUUCACCUGAAAAAGUUUGCCCAGUCCUUCCCCCUCAGGAUUCUGUGAUGAUACAGAAGUGUCUGGGGCAUCCUCUAAUAUUGCACUUAGGAUGGGGCAUUUUUCAGGUUUUUUAGCUGGAUGUUCCACAGUUUGGGGUUGAAAUCAUUGCCAAGGGAGUUCUAGCUUGGCCUGAAAAAGCUUAAGGUUGCAAUCCUAUGCAUGUUUACACAAAACAAGUCUUGCAACAAGUCCAUGCUGGCCGGGGAAUGCUGAGAGUUGUAAGACUUGUUCUGUCUAAACCUGCAUAAAAUUGUGCCCUUAGAAGGGUGUAUCUCACUGAAUUAUAUACUGGAGAUGAAAUUUCCUGUGGAGACAAAAUAAGGAAAUUUCCUCUUGGUGGAAAUUUCCUGUGGAGAUGAAAUGAGGGUAAGAACUGUUGAUACAAGUAGGUCAGGCAGUUGCCCAUUCGCAUCAUCACAGGGUUGUUAAGCCACAAUGGCUUGUUAACCAUCCUGCAUGUGCUGGACACAUGCCAGAUGUGUUAGAAGCCCUGAUGUUGCCAAAAGAAUUGGCUAAUUUGUCUACAAACAAGCUGCCAUAAUUGGAGCUAGCCCAUUUCUCAGUAUUUGUCGUGCUUAAGGGCUGUUUGGAUCUCGUCCUUGGGUGAAAGAACAUUGAUCUAACAGAUGAUUUGCAUAAUUAUCCUCGCUGGGUGCGGCUUCUCAUAUCUUCUGAACUCGGUGAGGGUGGCUUUUUGCAAUAGUUAACAAACUACCCAGAAACCAUGGCAUUUUGUAGGGUGCUUGCUGAACCUCAACAAGCCAUCCCAGCUGAGUUUAGAUGGCAUGAGAAGCAAUGGUGGUAGGGUCUUGGACUGGCAAACUGACACCCAUGGGUGAUGCAACCCACCAUGGCUAAUAACCUACGGUGGGCUGCAGUGAUCGUGUGAACCAGGUUAGUGCCUCCAUUCAUAAAAAGAAAACUCUUAAUCGGGAUUUGAACCUUAGCACAUGAAGUUUAAUGAAUGUGUAUGUGUAUAUAUGUGAGAUUAACUUUGAAAAGGACUGAUACUGCAUUAGCAAAGGGGAAAGGGCCCUCUUUUUUCAGAAUGGCUGUGUAAUAAUUAAAGAUUAAUUUUGUUUAUGCCUGUUGUAUAUUUGCUGGAAAAAAUACAAAGUAUUAUUUUUAAAAAAUGAAUUACAAUGGACAGUGACACAUUGUAUAAUAUGAUGUUGGGAGAAGAAUUAAGCUUAGCUGUUUUUACCUGCUGCUGAGAUUUAACCAAAGAAUGUUCAGUUUCGAAGAUAAUUUUCCUCACUGGAUAAAAAUUAAAUUGUCCACAUUGUAUUCCCACUCUGCAUUGCAACUUGCGGUGUGAACUGACCAAUGAACAAUCUGAUUAUUAUAGCAAAGUGAUUGUUGAACAUUACAUGUAAAUAAAAUAAGGUGUUGAUAAGAAAUUGCCAUCAGAAUAUUUUGUUGAAUGGUUUUAACUAGAAUACAUAAAAUGACUACAGUGUUUUCAUGUUCUAAAUUAGAAAAAAAAUGAAAGAGAAGAAA